AUGCCGCGCGGAGGGAAAGGUGCUCGACGAGGUCGUGGCCAUUUCCACCCCAGCGCAUCUGGAGGCAAACGACGUGGUGGGCUCGAGACCUCGUUUGUACCCUUCAAUGGCACAGCUCUGCCACAGCAAAACCAGGAUGGCUUCACCCUCCAACAGGUGGCUAAAAACACCGCGCAGCAUCAUGCCUUCGGGAACCCCGUUCAGAAAUUAAGACAUACCAAGGUCAAUUUCGUCUGCGCCGGUACGCUUGAUACCCGGGAUGAGAAGGACGAGAGAGAUAGGAGAGAUGGGGGAGAUGAGGGCCACGCCGAGUCUGCCUUGGCCGAGAUGAGCCUGGACUCGCCACAACAAGCAGAUAUGCAGAUGGAGGGAGUCACAUCUGAGGGACGGGCGCCGGGUGCAAUACCGUCUACUCCACCGCCAAAUGCCGACGAACAACAGCCUGCCUUUGUCAUCGAUACGCUUGGUAGUAAUCCAGUUGAUACAGGAAUGGCCCCGCCACACGUUCGCGCUGCAUCUCCUACUCCCUCCAACUCCAGUGAGGAGGUUAUCUUAUUCCGCGGACGAGAUCGAUGCGGUAGAGGUAUCCCAAGUAGACCGAGACGAGACAACACACAGACGAAUACAAUAGACACAAGAAUCAAAAUAAUCGAGGACAAAAUUCACGAGCGAGAGGAAUUACUGGAAGAGGUCUUGCAUCAGAAAGAUCCGCCUGUUGGGUCAGCCCAGGAAUCAAGCGAGUCAUUCAAUUCAAAUAUCAAGGGCGGCAAAAUGCACCAUGGAGGUCGGGGAGGGCAUCGAGGACGGCGUAGUCGCACAAACAAUGCACGCAUUGAUGAUGAGGACGCUUUACUCGCCGAUUACAUUGCGAAUAUCGACAAUGAGGAUAGCGAUCUGUAUGAUAAUCCAUUCCAUAGGCGGGACCUAGGAGGCACAGACGACGACAUGUGGCUGGGCCAAACCGAGGAAUCAUCUGGAGAACCUGCUUCUGGUGCAUGGCAACCGUCUCAUCUGGGCUUGGGUCAUCCAGAACUAUAUGAUACCGACGGUCCAAGCGCAUUCAAUGGGACCAAGGGAGAUAUAGAGAGGAUACUAUCUAAAAGCGGGCAGAAAUCUGGAGUCCGGUAUCUCGUUGUCUGGAAAAACGAAACUGUGGACGAAGCACAGUGGGUGGAAGCCUCUAAGUUGACAAGUCCCAAUGCUUUAGCGCAGCUUGAAGAGUUUGAAACUAAAGGAAAGCUCCUCGCCGAAGAGCCGAGCGAUUCGGAUGACGAGGAUAUCGAUCAUGAGUCAGACGAUGAUGAUGAUGAUGAAGAAGACGAUGAGGAUGAGGACGACGAUGACCUCCUACAAAGACGGAUAGACCGCAUGACUGACGAGCAGAUCGCGAGGUUGCUCGCCAAACAGGAAGAGUUGGGUAUGGGCUCUGACGAACUGAAGCUUUUCGAUGCCGAAGCUGAUAUCGAAGACGAUGAAGAUAUGGGCAUUUCGAGAAGUGCCUUUAGUUUCGCACCCAUAAUUUCCACAAAGAAAAAGCCAAAGGCUCGUGGUGCACAGCGGCCACGGGGCGAGUUUCCCGCCGCGAGUCUUCUGGCCGAUGCAUACGACGGAUUCGACGUCAUGGAUUUUGAACGCCCCAGCCUCAAGAAGAAGCCAAAAGGGCGCAGGGGUAAGGUUGCCUUCGAUCUCUCCGAUUCCGAACUCGAGGCUUCGAUGGAAGCGGCAUGGGACAACGAUCGCACCAAGAAGAAGGAACGGAAACAACACCGGGAAGAACUACGAGCUCAAGGCCUCUUGGGGAGCAAGAACGGCAAAACGGAUCUGAAAGCAAAGUAUAAGGAAGGAAUGGGUAUCCAUGCUGUGAACGAGGAGAUCAAGACCUUCUUGAUGAGCCAUCAUACAACGAUCUCGCUCCCUCCCAUGGACAAAGCGGACCGAAAAAUUGUUCACGAAUUAGCCAACGCUUUCAACUUGAAAUCCAAGUCUCUUGGAUCCGGCGCCAAGCGUUUUCCAGUCCUGUGCAAGACAGCCCGAACCUCCGUGUAUGUCGAGGGCAAAUUUGCUGCUGUUGAAGGAAGAUUAAUACGGCGUUUCCUGCCUCGGAUGGAUGUAGGUCGGAAACCAUAUGUUAACCAACGCUCUGGCCGAGGUGGCGGUGCCGGCAAUGGGGCUGCAAGCUACCGAGAUGGAGAUAUUGUUGGAGCAUCGGCGCCAGAGCUUGGUGUUGAGAACAAAGGUAGAGCUAUGCUGGAAAAGAUGGGCUGGAGCAUGGGUACAGCUCUGGGUGCUCUCAACAACAAGGGCAUCUUGCAGCCGGUAUCCCAUGUUGUCAAGACCACCAAGGCUGGUUUGGGCUAA